UCCAAACAGCCGCGCCUCGACAGACGUGGAAACAGAGAUGUGUUCAGGGUGCGCUUCCGUGACAACGCAGAAAACCAACGGGGAAAAAUCCAGAUGUCCCUGGACUUCCACUUCCAAGCUCGUCGAUCUUCUAUCGAUCUCUGCCUCUUUUCUCACGCGCCUCGCUACGCCCCCCUUUCGGGCGCUCCACAAGCUGCUGUGCAGAAGGUCAGGCAUAUUAUCCGCAGAGAUUUUCGCCGUUUUCGAAGAAAUCCCUUCAAAGCAUGACUCCAGUUUAUGAUCUAUGACUUUUUUCUCGCGAGUUGGUGGAGGUAAGCGCCUCUUGGAGGCCACAAAUUAUUUUUCCCUCUGCUCUUUGUAGAGAAUCGACACCGCGACAACUGCCGGAAGGUCGCGAAAGAACAGCGGGCAGAAAAGAGUUCACUGCUUCUCGUUUUUUCUUGCGGCAGAAGGCUUUUGCUCAUUUGGUUUCCUACAUUAUCUGCCCGUUACCUGUGUCCUGUUUUUCGCUCCUGCUUUCGAGUUAAGCGUCUGCCUCCAGCGCCUGCGUGCCUGGAGGUCGAGAGUCCUUUCAGCUAUUCGAAAGUGGGUUUCAAAAGCAAGAGAACAGAGACCACCCGUUUUUCCGUUUUCCUACUCGUUGUUUACUCUCGCUUCUCCCGCGUCUUCAGAGAAACACCUGUCGCUGCAGAGUCCUCGGGAGUCUCAGCUCGAUUCGUCAAGGAGAGAGAGACGCUAGGAAGUUCGACAGAUCUUUGCGGAGUCAAAAAGGAAUGUGCAAACGCGUAAAUUCCUACUUUUUCCGUUUAACUUUCUCAACACAGAUGCCGGAAGUCCACAGUGGAGACGGAACGCCUCAAGCACUGGGGUUUGAGAGACAGAGAAAAAAGAAGGCGACUCGCAGGGCGAGAGAGGGGAACGAGAGGUUUGAGAGGGAAGAACGAAUCCGAGGGAGAGGAGUCAAAAGAUCCAAUAACACGGUCUGAGGGAAGGCUACGGUGAGGAAGAAUCGAGCAGCGAGAGACGAGGACCGAUUUGCUUUUUCAGUGCGCCUCUGUCUCGUUUGAAGUAGGUCUUCUGCCCUCUCUUGAGCAUUGGCCUCUGAUGAUGGGCGACGAAACGGGGAGGACUCAAACCAGCGAGACUGUUCGUCCUCAACCUGAGGCAGAGUUCCGCGCUCAUUGAAGAAGGUUGCCUCUUUUCUCUUCACGCAGAGCCUCGAAAACGUCCAAGACGGCUCUAGGUAAAGAAUGGCUCGGGGUGCGCCUCCCGCGUAGAAGAGCCUCGCGGGGGCGGUCCAAUGCCUUCUCGCUCUCGUCUGAGGUCGCUCGACGCCUACGAGAAAAGGCGAGAAGCAUGCGUCUCUCCCAACAGACAACAAUGACGCCUGCAGCGACAGCCACUCCGCGACCAGAGACCGUUGGCGUCUCAGGUCACAGGACUCAGCGGCGGCAGCAGGGUGUCUCUCCUCGUUCUCCCAAGUCGAGGCUCGACAGGGAGAUUCCUCAGAUCCUCGCUUCUUCUCUCCCCGGGUGUGCGGCCUCGGCUUCGUCUCCGGCCGCUUUGGAGAAGGGCGCAGCUGUCGCUGUCUCCUCUCACGAACAUGAACGAGACCGGCGAGGCUCGCUGGAGCCUCGAGUCCAAGACACUAGCCGUGGAGUCGGAGACAGGGCGACGGACUUGCCCCGCUGCCGGAGACUGGACAGCGACACCGGCGGUCCGCGCGACAAUGCAGUCUGCGACCCUGGCUAUGCAUGCACAACGUGUGAGGUGAAGGACUACGAAUCAGGCUCUUCUCCUUCUCUCUUCUCCUUCGAGUUCCCCUCUGUUUCUUCCGCAGUUUCGGACUCUUCAUCUGCUGUCUCGUUUUCUUCUACCGCUGUCGCUUCUAACGGUCCUUCCUCCUUUUCCUCGUCUUCUUCCUUUUCUGUCGGCUGCUCUUCUUCGUCCUGCAGCUCUGCCGCUUCGCCCAUUUCUUCGUCGUAUUCUACCUUGUGUCCUUCGUCCAAGAUCGCGUCGUUCAUCGUGUCUCCUUCCUCUUCCUCGCACUCUCUGAUCUCUCUUCAGACGGCGGUCGCCUCCUGCGACUCGCUCUCCGAUGCUUUGCCGAGCGCGGUCGCGGAGGCGCGGCCUCCGUCUGUCGAUGCAUGCGACGGCUCCUCAGGCGACCUGUUGCAUGCAGAGGCUUCUGCGGCUUCUGACGGGAGAUGCCAGCGUAUCUCCUUUGUGAAAACGAAGGGAGUCCCAGAGCCUGUCAGAGAAGAGGAAGCGAGGGACGGACGUGACGAGGAAGUAGACGACCGUCGCGGGCGGCGAUCUCCGCAGAAAUUUGACGGCGAGGUCAUCUCGCAGGGAAGAAGUCUUUCCUCGACUUCUCUCCGCUGUCGUCCAUCUCGAGUGCCCUCCCCCUCAAGGCAUUCGCCAUCGCCUCCCUCAGAUCAGGCCGAGCCUCGGCAAAACGCCCGCGCCGAGACUCAGGAACUCUCGGCGGGGAAGUUCGAGAGCGACCAGGCAACCGCGCGAGAACUGCCCCGUCGCCUCACGUCCACCCCCGCAUAUGCCGACGACCGUAAGGCCUCUUCUCUGCUCGAUGCGCCUGCCGAAAACAAAGCGCCCUCCCUCCAUUCUCCUCCUAUCCUGUCGUCUUGUUCGUCGUCUUCUCCGCGCCAUGCGUCUUCUGCAUCGGACCAAGAGGCGCGCGCGUCUCGCUUCUCUGUGGGCGGGGGCGACGGCCCCCGCGCUUCGCCUUUUUCUCAGAGUCCUGGCGGUUCGCGUUCUCCACGCUUGCCGCUGCCUGCGUCGUGUCACCUGAAGUCGAAGUCAUGGCUCUCGUCGCUCGGCUCCGCGGUGCAGACUUCCUUCGUCUCUCCCUCCUUCUCCUGUGCGACCACUGGAGAAGACGAAGAGAUGGAAACGGAAGCGCCUUGCACAGUUUCGCCGCCGUCGCUCUUCGCGCGUUUUGCGGACAACUUCCUCCCCUGCUUCAGAAAAGGACCCGACCGCAAUCGUGCUUGCAGCGAACUCGUGCGACAUCUCCAGACUGGCUUCGUUGGGAAAAGGCGAGACUUCUUCGCGGCCGCUUUCUGGGGACCUGUCCCGCCAGUGCUUCUAGUGCCUCUCGAGCUUCUGUGCGACCCCGCGGCAUUUGCCGAGCAGCUGUUCGCCUUCCCGUCUUCGCGCUUCGCGAGGAUUCCUGCCCUCGUCGACGCCGAAGGCUACCUCUACCGUUAUGUCCCCGAGUACAACGUCAGGGAGCUGGAGUUCUUUCAGCUUGUUCAGCUCGCCUACGACCGCGUCUGCGCCGGCUGGUCUUCGGCACGGCCUGCGCACGGCUCCCCAGAGAAAUGCACGGGGCAGGAAGCAGUGAGGAGACUCGCAGUCGAAAACGAGAUGGGCGACGACCAGCUUUCCAUUGUCGUAGAAAGCGACAGGCGAGACGAGUCUCCCGCAAGUCCCUGCAGGCAUCACAGUGCCUCCGAGCGCUUGCAAGGCCGACCCCAUGGUCGACUGUCACGGAGCGCAGGGUCUGCGAGGCACGACGCUCAGGAGGAGACACCGAGGCCGUUCGAGAGCUUCGCGGAUUGGACAGCUGAAGAGCAGCUUGAAGCUCAACAGAACGAAGUGGAGAAGCGCCAGGGGACAGAGAGACAGGGAAGGCCUACGCGCGCGGAGCUCGCAGCUCAAGAGGACGAUGGUUCCCCGGCGGCCUGGGUUCGCCGCCUCGUUUCCAAAGGGAGAGACGCAGGUGCCGAGGUGGCUCAAGACGUCCAGAGACACCUUCGUCGCGCCACUUCGUUUUUCACAACUGUCUCCGAGUCUUUCUCGCGAAGCGGGGUUUCCCCUCCGCUCUUUCCGUCCAAAGAGUCCUUCGAGGACUCCGACGCCGACGAAGAAAUUGUCGACUGCGGCGCGACCGACCUGCACUCAAGUGCCUCACUCUCUUCUCCUUCGUCUUCCCCGUCUUCUUCUCGCUCGGCGUCUCCCCUUCACAGUCGAGCGUCCACGGAUCCUCGACGGAAGAGACGCAAAGGCGAGGCCGCCACGGGCGAACAAGGCAACGAACGAGACGAAGCAGGAGCAGAGGGAGGAGAACGAACAGUAGAGGAAGGAGAAGACGAGAAGGAAGGAGCCUGGGGGAGGGUGUCUGCGGGGCGCGGUCGAGGGAGACGGGAGCAUGGUAAGGCGACGAGAAGUGACGUUGAAAUGAAUCUAAAAUCAGAGGGAAGCGGAUCUUCAGCAGAUACCAGGGUCGCGAAGGCGCCAGCCGAGUCAUGGUUCUCUGCUUUGCCGACACACGCAGAUUUUCCGUUGGUGGGCGAUCGGCUGGACGGCCUUCGGAGCGAAGUGGCGAGACGCUUGUCAGGACUUCGGUCGUGGACGCGGUCUUUUCAAAGCGAAGGCGCCUCUCCCCAGGCUACCGGCGAAGCGCACGGAGCGCGGGAGAACUGCCUGGGACUUGCCCAUGGCCCAGGUGACGUCGUGGAGCCGCGCUCGCCACGAUCCCGGGAGACGCGUGACGAUGCAGCAGGUAGCCAAGGCCGUCCGGAGACUCAGGUGCGAGAGGGAGCAACAAGGAACGCUUUGUUGGGGCCGUCUCGCUCUUCUCAGUCUCUCUCCGCGCCGGCGUCUCCCCUGUCUUGGCAUGGACGAGAGCCGCAAAUGGAGCAACAAGGUUGCAGUUUCGACGAACGGCGUCCGACAGCGGAACCGCCCGUGAACGGCGGCCCCCGAGACUCUGCUUCAAGCGCCAAUGUUGCGGACGAGCCUCAGGACGAGGCGCGACGGCUCUGCCUUUCUUUGGCUUUCUUGAAGCAAAACCAACUCAUUCCAGAAUUCGCAGGUCUCGCGCGGGUGCGCCCAGGCGCCGUCCAGCUUCAGGACGAACAGCGGCGCCGUCUCGCACGCGUGUACGCGGCGGAGGAGGCGAGGAAGAGCGACUUGCACGAGGUCGAAGACAGACAAGGACGGCGCGUCGCGGAGCGCCCGAGAACCUCGGCCACCAGGCAAAGGCCUCUCCCCAACCCCGCCUUCGAGUCAGCCGUGGACCUCGCGUUUUCACCCUUCGUCUUCUCACCCGAGGCUCUGCAUGCGUGCGACGACGCGCGAGAACGCGAAGAAGUCGGCGAGCCGACAACUCUCUGGGAGAGGCUUGACGACGUCCGGGAGGCUGGGACGCGAGGCUGCGAAGAAGGGAUCAAGCGCGGGGGUCUCCUCAUGCUUCGACUUCAGUUCCCCCUGCAGCAGCUCUCGAUUCCGUGCGUCCUCCAGCUGAAGCUCGGGAGAAGCUUUCUCGGCUCGCAUGCAGGCGACCCUGCGGCGAAUGUUCGCGAGGUCGCGGACUCCCUCGACCUCACACGGCGACGCCUCGCGGUGCUGCAAAUGCGCCAGCGAGUCAAAGAAGCCUUAUUCGAGGCCUACGAGCCUGAGACAGCCACCAAGUUGCUCACGAAUCUCUCUCCUGCCGAUGUUGGCCUCGGAGAUGCUGCUCCCUUCCUCUCCGUUGAGCAGCUGCAGAAUCUGUUCAAGAGCUGGCGACAGGAAGAGAAAAUACAGACCACAGCGCAAGCUUCUCUCGCCUUUCGCCUCACGUAUGCCACCUUCACAGAAAGCUCCCAAAGUCGAGUUUUCGAUGGAGUGAGGCGUGCGACGUUCGAUCGCUUUCAGUGUGCGGGCAUGGAUGCAUCCCAAGCUCUUGAGCUUCUUCACCGGUUUCUUUCGCUUCAUCGCCAGGUGGCGAGCGUCUGUGUCGCGAAGCUGUCGGCGUUGAUCGAGUGGCUUCGUCACGAGCCUUUUUUUCUCUUCUACUCCACCUCGUUGUUCCUCUUUGUCGACCUCAGUGACCCAGUCUCGAGUGCUGACUGCCGGUGGACCUCGUUCGCCCACGCAGUCCGUCGCCAGGGGCAGAACCUGCACACUCCCCCUCACGAAACGAACGAGCGAACCGCGCCAGAGGAACGUUUUCUGGGGCGGCAGAGAGACCGCGGAUACACGAGACUCGACGAAGUCAACGCGGGCGUCGUGGAGGGUCUCGAAACGAUUCGACAGGUCGCGCGAGACUGCUUGUGGGGAGCAUAGGAGACAGCACGAGCAACCGCAGAAAGGCUGCGGACAGGUCGGAGUUGAAAGCCCUAGCGCGGGUCUCCGUCCAGUCACUUUCGAGUCCAUUUCUUUCUUCGAGAUGAGGAACACCGACAGGCGUUUGGACAGCACGGCUCGGAGGCGAGGGGAGAACAAACGGCGGGAGGUCUGCACUCCCCGCAAGCGCAUUUGACAUAGAGGAUCGAAAAAAAGAGAAGGCCGCGCCAGACACGCAAACGAGAUGGCAGCCUGGGGGCGGCGAAUGCACGCUUGCCUCUCUGCUUAGACGAGAUGAGAGACAGAUUUUCCGAGUCGCUGCGAGCAGUUUCUGAAAGACCCUCUAGCCCCGCCAGGAGGCGCCGUGUUCUCUCUGGGCGUUGCUUCAGCUGAGCGUCUGGUUGCUCUCCAGCAAGCGAACUUCCCUUGGUUGCUUUCGGUGUCUCUCAAACCGGUGGACGAAACGCGCGGCGUAUGGACACUCUUGUGCCGCUGCUCCUGCCGUGGAACCGUGUCGUUUUCGGGGAAAGUUCUCUACAUAAAUAUAUGCGGAGACCCAGUCUUAUGUGGUCACAGAUGCAAUCGCACACUCUCAUUUAUACACCGUACACAGAUUCUACAUA